AUGGCCACCCCCUCGGAAACCCAGGCCCAGCGCGAACGCGACUACGAGCGCUUCAAGAACUACACCACCAUCGGCUUCCUCGUCGCAUCACCUAUCAUCAUCGCCCUCCCCCCGCGCAGACUCGACCUGAACACCGUUGCGCUUGCCAGUGCCUUCGCCAUCUCCGCCAACCACAUUACGCGCGAACGGACAGGGCGCAGUAUCGUCGACCGCAUCGAGUCGCGAAUCUCAACACGCCCGGCUCUCCUGCGCGACCUACCUUCCGAUCGCGCCGAGGAAAUUCAAACUCGGCUGAGAGCUGCCCGGGAGGCGCAAAUACGCGACGCUGCGGGUGAGGAAUUGGAGAAACUCAAGGCGCGCCAGAGUCAGGAGAAGGGUGUUGUCGACCGUGUAUGGAUGGGUGGGGAAUCGGCGGGUUGGAAGGAGCGCAGGCUUCGGGAGGAGCAGAAGGCUAUCGAGGAGGGGAAAGGGUAUGGUGAUUUGAUCAUGGACCAUAUCUGGGAUGUCUGGAACUGGGGGCGCAAAACUGAGGAGGACGAUGAUGAGUGA